GAAGCUGUUACGAACAGUGCGAAGUCUGCGAAACAAAUCUUCAAUCGUAUGAGAGAUAGAAUCAAAGUCUGCUGCGCUUUGCAGACCGAAUAUUGAUCUAUUACGGGCCUAGAGCUUCUAAUCGUUACUGUAUCAGCCAUUCUUCAGUGUCAGCAAUAUCACAAAUUUUAUAAAUACUCCAGUAUGAGAUUCCUUGCUGGCUUUUUGGUUUGUAUACUGGGAGCACAUGCUGUCGAGAGUCGUGCAACAUAUGUAGCAGGCGUUCUAUCCGUGGAUGAAUUCCUGAACCUGACGAUAGGAGAAUACAUAGCAAUGACCGACACUCUAUUGAUAGCGGAUAUAAGUCCUGUCUGUUCCGCUGGACUGAAUGCGAUGAAAGCGACAUCCAAGAUUCUACCAUUGGUAUGUGCAGCUGUCGGCUCCGCGCCUAUAGAAACUACAACAGAAAACUCUGUAGAGAUAACGACGACGGAGGAGGUAUCAAUAAUAGGGGAGAUAGUAGAAAGCGAAUCGAGCACCCUCACGUCACUGAAUACCAUUGAAGCAAGUGCAACAGAUACAACCGUGAAUACAACAAUCGUAUACAACGGAACAGGUAUUGAAUCGAUAAUCAACCGGGCUACAUUUGAGGAGCUUUUCUCACUGAGAUUCAACGCUGAAGCUUGUCAAAAGGGAGUGGAUGUGCUCACUUAUGACAACUUUGCCACAGCUAUAAAUUAUUACUAUCCGGAAAUGGUGGUAAAUAAUGGGACCCGUGAUCAGAAAUAUCGGAAUGUAGCGGCAUUCCUUGCUCAGAUGUCUCAGGAAACAUCCGGGCGUGGCGAAGGUGAUCCAUAUUUAUGGGGCCUCUGCUUUAUCGAAGAGUUAAUAUGUGAUGAGAGCUGUCCACAAUAUACUGACGAAGGUUCUUGGGAAUACCCACCAGUACCGGGGGUGUCAUACCAUGGGCGAGGGCCUAUUCAGAUCUCUUGGAAUUACAACUACGGGCUUCUGAGUGAAGCGUUGUUCGAUCACAAGGAGAUUUUAUUAAAUAAGCCAGAAAUGCUCGUAACUGAUGGUGUAGUGGCAUUCCGGUCUGCACUAUGGUUUUGGACGACCCAGCAAUGGGCGAAGCCAUCGUGCUUUGAUAUUAUGAUGGAAACCGCUCCCCCGUGCCAACAUGCCGGGCGAGUCCCAGGAUUUGGAUGGACCACCAAUGUGAUAAAUGGUGGGCUAGAAUGUGGCAUAGAAACACCACAGAAGGUGGAAAACAGAGUGCAAUACUACCUGUCAAUAACAAGUGCACUGGACGUAGAUCCUGGUAAAUAUUUGUACUGUGAUGAGAUGGCGAAUUAUAGCACCGACUUUGACUGUCCGGCACCGGAAACUACACAAGAUAGCUUGGCGCAGUAAGCACCAGCUGCUAUUACAUAAUAGAGUACAUGAUGGUCGCACACUCUACAACCUCGGUGGUGCAAACUGCACUGUGUGUCUUGAAGCCCACCGACGCGGCGAAUAGAAGAUAAACCUCUCAGCAGAAGUCACGAUUUGUAAUCUGGCCGUCUACAUUACAUAUAGAGAACAUUUGGGGGCGGACACAACUACCGAUAGUCACCGCCACCACACAAUAUACGUACCAUUGCGUUUGGUAUGAUCGUAUCAAUAUUGAGAUGGUUGCGUAGAUAUGAUUAAAUAAUAUUAAAGAUCGAUUGUUUGGCGGGA